GCACCGGGACAGUGGUAAAUCCUGUAAGCACAACGACUUAUGUUGCACGGAAAUGGUAGCGGAUCGUGUUCAAAAUAUCAGUCAGCUGUUCGGUGUUUUGUUUGCCAUCGACCGCAGCAACCGACGGGCCGGUAACCAUGGUAACAACAGUGUGCCGGUAAACCGGUUGACCCAGUAGUCAGGGCAGCCUAACUUUCGAUCCUGGCUUUGUCGGCCGUUCGGCGUGGCGUUUCGUGUCGGACCAUGGAACUUACGAGAGCCUACGAGCCGUCGCCAGUGCGGUCGCGCAACCGUGUCGAAUCCCAUGAGACUGAGGCAGCCCGAUCCUGAACGACCGGCGACGGAACUGGUUGCGGUUUGCGAACCCCUGGAAAUGAAAUAGGUGUUUUUCACGGCCAACGGACUUAACAGCCGCCUGACGUUCACGCACACCCCUGAGGCCGUACCACCACUACCACUACCACCACUGCCGCCACCACCACCACCACCAUCAGAAUCGGCAGCAGCCAGCAACAAUAGUAGUAGGUACAGCCACUGCCAUCAUUGCCGCCACCACAGCCACCAUCAGCAACAGCAGCAGCAGUUGCAUUGAAUAGUCCCCAUACUGUCUCUGUGUGUGUGUGUACAUGUGUGGUUGUGUGCGCGCGCAUAGGAAUCCACCGGAAGUGCGUUGUCGUCGACCAAACGUGCCAGGUCCAUCGAGUGAAACCAACUCUGCGUCCUAAAGGUUUUUCGUCUCAGAUCUUGUCGUCUGCCGACGGAUUCUCUACGUUAUCCUGUUGCUCCACAGGUGGUUGCCCAAAGGAUUUCGCGUGAUCCGUGUCAAGGACGUUCUGUUGUGAAACUCUCGCUCAGUGUGUAUAUGCUUGAUUCAUAUAUUAGGUUAGGCAUUCCCGGCUGCGAUCUUGUCCGGACAGUUGAUCAGCACCGAAACUCUUCUGCCAGCCUUCACAAUGGUUGCACCGCUGUCCCGAUUGCAGGCAAAGACAUUUCCAGCCAUGUCGUCCAUGCUUCAGGAAAAGGAAAAUUAUGAAGAACUCAAUCAGAUUGGAAAUGGUGCGUAUGGUACCGUAUACAAAGGACGUGAUCUUGUCAACAAAGGAAAAUUUGUCGCCAUGAAAAAGAUUAAAAUCCCCUUAGCUCAGGAUGGUGUACCUAUGACUACUUUGCGUGAAAUUGCUUUACUCAAACAACUUGAUCAGCAACAACAUCCAAAUAUUGUCAAGCUUUUGGAUGUGGUACAUGGUCCUCGACUAUAUAAUGAAAAAUGUAUGACCCUUUAUUUGGUAUUUGAACAUAUUGAACAAGAUUUAGCCACCUAUAUGGCACGAUGUCCAAAACCUGGAAUGUCUUCUGAAAUCAUUAAGAGUAUAAUGCGACAAAUAUUAUCAGGAGUAGAUUUUCUUCAUUGUAAUCGAGUUGUUCAUCGUGAUCUCAAACCACAAAAUGUUUUAGUGUCCAGUGACCUCAGAAUUAAAAUUGCUGAUUUUGGAUUGGCCAAAAUUUAUGAUUUUGAUAUGAAAUUGACUUCAGUUGUUGUAACAUUAUGGUAUCGAGCACCUGAAGUCUUACUAGGUUUACCUUAUGCCACUGCAGUUGAUGUUUGGGCAUGUGGGUGUAUUAUGGGAGAGAUGUACAAAUUAACUCCAUUAUUCGAUGGCGAAUCAGAAGCUGAACAGUUAGAUAGGAUAUUUAGGGUGAUUGGUCUACCAUCUGUUUUAAAUUGGCCAAAGAAUGUUUCUUUGUUAAGGAGUUCCUUUGAAUCUUAUCCACAAACUUGUUUGAAGACUGUAAUUCCUGAAAUAUGUUCAAAAGGAGAAGAUUUACUAAUGAAAAUGUUAAUGUUCGACAGUACAAAACGAAUAUCAGCUCGAGAUGCUUUAAAACAUCCAUAUUUUAAUGAAAUAUAAAUUUGAUUGUAUCUACCUUGGAGACUAUUAAUAAGUAUAUUUUAAUGCAUGCAGAUACUUAGUUUGUGUUAGUCAGUCCAAGGCAACGUGUAAGUUAUUAUACUCAACAGUAUUGCAAGUCUUGAAGAAAAAAUAGCAUUCCUAAUUAGCAGUUAUAAUUUGAGUUUCAGUAUGAUUAAUCAUUUGCUACGUAGAUAGUAGAACAGUUACCAAAAUAUUAUAGCCAGUGCAUAUUUGUUUACCAACUAAUUAAUUUUAAGAUCUCUGAUUAAGUUGUAUCCAACUUUGGAUCUCUAAAUAUAGUAACCGACAAUCCAAUUUGAAAAUAAUUUUUAAUUUUGCUCAAUGACUACAUCUUUAUAAUCAGUGAAUCAAAAGACUUGCCAAUUUUCUGUCUUUACUGACAAAUAUCAGUGUUCACUUCCUUUUGUCUGUACUUGUAUAAUUUAAGGUUUUUUUUAGAACUUUUUGUGCACUGAUUGGAUAAUAGUGCUAAAAUGCAUUUUUAUUUAUAUAUUUGUAAAUAUUUUAUCUUAUGUAUU